GUGGAAUCCCAUACUGCUAUGCGAAAGUGCCCAUAAAUGUUUCGAAGAAGAUGUUUUGCAGCAGAAAACACUGAAGAGGUAUUGGAAGCCCUUAGACCUCAUGGUGAGUUAAAGCAGCUGACAGUAUGGCGCUACGGGGGUGGCAGCUUUCCAACGUGGAUGAUGGAUUCUCUAUUGCUGCAAAAUGUAGUUGAAAUUCAUCUGGGAGUCUGCACAGGAUGCCAACAUCUCCCGCCUUUGUGGCAGCUACCUUUUCUUAAAUUUCUCUACAUGAUGAAGAUGGAUAGUGUCAAGCACAUCUGCAGCAGCACCAUCUACGACAAUGCAAGUAAUGGCACAGUGCGAGCAUUCCCCUCACUGAAAAGGCUAGUGUUGCAUACGAUGUAGAGCUUGGAGAAGUGGUCAGAGUUUGAAGAAACUGCAGAGGUCACGUUGGUUUUCCCUCACCUUGCUAAGCUUGAGAUCAUUCAUUGCCCAAAUUUGAUGACCAUGCCAGAGCUACCAUCUCUCAAAAGUUUAAAAAUGAAAGGAACUAAUAAGCAGUUGGGCUUGAUCUGUAAUCUGACGACACUCUCUUCCUUUAGCAUUGGUGUCAAUAAAACGAGCAAUGGUACAGAGUCGCCUCCUUUUGUUCAGAAAAAAAUGACUUUCAGAUAUUUUAGAUCUCUUGAAAAUUUAGUUAUUACGGCAUCCGAGGAUCUGACACCGCUGCUGGAUGAGGAAGAGGAGACAAGAGGGCUGAGCACAUCCCUGCAUUCUUUGGGCAUUGAAUCCUGCAAUUGGAUUUUUUCACCACCACAUCCUUUGGCGUUUUGGAAGAACCUUACUUCUCUCCUAUCUUUGAUGAUUUAUCAUUGUGAUGAUCUGGUCUACUGGCCGGAGGCGGAGUUCCGUGGCUUGAACUCACUGAAGAAUAUGGUUAUCUAUGGUUGCAACAAGUUGGUUGGCCCCUUACGUUUGCCAUUAUCCUCGUCAUCAUCAGGGGAUGGAGAGCUCCUUCCAAACCUGGAAGUGCUGAAUAUUUAUCAAUGUGAUGGUCUGCUGGAAUUGCCCAAGUUGCCUGCUUCCCUCAGAUCACUGCUUGUCACCAACUGCCCCAAAAUAAAUUCCUUGACGGAAGGCCUGCGACAUGCCACUGCUCUUGAGAGUGUCCGUAUUUGGUUUUGCCCAAGCUUGACUUCUCUGCCAGUAGAUUUGGGGCACCUAACCGCACUCAAGAUGAUGUCUAUCAGAGGCCUUCCUGGCUUGGAAUCUUUCCCACAAGGGCUGAGACAACUCGCUGCACUCAAAGGGAUGCAGAUCAUCAAUUGCAGCAAAUUGUUAUCUCUGCCAGAAGGGAUGCAGGGCCUCACUGCCCUUCAGGAUUUGUGUAUUAGCAAUUGCCCUCUGCUUUCAUCACUCCCAGAAGGUUGCAACGACGACUCCCCGGCCUUAAGUGUCUGGAGAUUGUAGGGUGCCCCGACCUUGAGAGACGGUGUAAGAGAGGAGGACCGUAUUGGGACCUCAUCUCAGGCAUCCCCAGUACCGAAAUAUUCUCUGAGAGGAGCAACUUCAGCACAUUCCUUCCUUCCUUUUCUUGCUUCUACAGUUUAAUGUCAUCCCAAUCCUUUCGAGGGAGAAGAGGUCAAGUGGGAGCUGGAGGGAUACAUACUAAAGUUGCUCCUCCAGUUUUGUUCAUCUAAUUUUUCUCUUGCUAUGUCAGCUGAGCAGCAAAUUUAGCUUCAGGAUGAAUUAAGAGCGUUCAUGGUACAAGCAGCUUUCUUGCCGAUUAUUUCAGCAUUGAACUUCUUGCUAUUCUAAAUCCAAUAGCAGAAGAAACGACAUACCAUGUCUUGGAUAAACUUUUCAAAGAUUUCCAGACAUUCAAUGAUCAAGUGGCUUCGUGAAUCUUCUUGAUAUAUUUGCUUUUGCUGUUGUUAGGCAUUUAAGGGGACCCUAGGAAGAGAUAAGCUUAAUUCCCUUUCAGAAGAUGUCAUUUGGCAUGUAAUAUUAUGUUGAUUGUUUCCUCUGAAUCUUAUUUUAUUUCAUGUCAUCGGAUAUAUAAAUAUUGUAUUUGAAGACUUUGGACAGUACUUCUGCUUUAUGUACCAAAAAUAACUGAAAGAUGGAGAUGUUCAUUAAUUAUUUGAACAUCCACUUUGGGUGCUCUAACCAUUUUUAAGUAGUAUCAUACAACAGCUAUUUGAUUGA